CUGCAAAAGCAAAAUAUCUCUGACAGGGCGAGCGGUUUCAGCUCCGCUUCUUCCCAAUGGCUGCAAUCAACCUUCCUCUACUCCACACUCCUCCGUCUCUUCAGAUCAUUUCAAUCAAAUCUUCCCAAAGCACUUCCAAAUUCUUCCCGAGCUCUCAAACUAAUCCUUCUCCUCUCCUUUCCGGCUCCUCAAAGCUCUACACUACAGCCAAACCUCGCGCUUCUUCGUUAAUCCCUUUUGCUGCCAAGAAUCUCUCGGAGUCUGACCUCAACUCCGUGCCGGAGACCGCGGGGGAAAUUGCCGGAAGAUUUCCUUCUGACGCCGGUGUUUAUGCCGUUUACGACAAGGACGGCGAUGUUCAGUUCAUCGGCAUUACAAGGAACAUAGGGGGGAGCGUCGCCACUCACUGGAAAUCAGUACCAGAGCUUUGCGUCUCCGUCAAGUAUGGAGUAGUAGAUGAACCUGAUAGAACAACCUUAACACAAGCAUGGAAGUCAUGGAUGGAAGAACACAUAAAAGCCACCGGGAAGGUACCACCAGGUAAUGAAUCUGGCAAUGCAACAUGGGUAAGGCAGCCACCAAAGAAGAAAGCCGAUCUGAGGUUGACGCCUGGUCGACAUGUCCAACUUACUGUCCCAUUAGAAGAACUCAUCGAUCAAUUAGUGAAGGAGAACAAGGUUGUUGCAUUCAUCAAGGGUUCAAGAAGCGCACCAUCGUGUGGUUUUUCGCAAAGGGUAAUAGGGAUUCUUGAAGCUGAAGGUGUAGAUUAUGAGAGUGUCGAUGUGCUCGAUGAAGAAUACAACAAUGGGCUAAGGGAAACUCUCAAAACGUACAGCAACUGGCCUACGUUUCCUCAGAUCUUCGUGGAUGGCCAAUUAAUUGGAGGUUGUGACAUUCUUAGUUCUAUGCAUGAAAAAGGUGAACUUAGUGGUUUGUUCAAGAAUUGAUUGUCAGAUUUUAAGCAACUAAUGUUUUGUUGGAGUGAGAGGCAUAAUUGGAAGGAGGUGAGAUUGUGCCUGCUUUCAUGCUUUGUCAGUUGCUCUAUAGAAGUGUAGUUUUAAGUUUCACAGGUUGAACAACUAUAUGUUAAAAAGCCUCUACUCCCUCCUUUUCUCAUUUCCUCUCAAAGCAAUUGCUGAAGUUUUGUGGAUU